AUGACAAUGUUUCAGCUGGUCGGCCCUAUGCAUUCCCUCGAACGAGAUAGCUUUGCCAGCCUGCAUCGCGUGCAGCAACGUAGUCAUUUUCAUAGUCAUCUCCUACGGGAACACGAGUCCAAGGUUCAUCAUCAUGGCGAUUUCUGUUUUGGAAAGGCCGUAUUCGUGGGCCGUGCUAGCGUAUUGAUCUGUGACGGGCUUGCGGGGGUGUCGAGGGUGUCAAAGGUGUCGAAUGUUUAG